AAGUCCACUUGUCCCCAGGGAUGGGCUGUGGUCUUGAAAGCAGGAACGGGGCCUGUUGGUUGAAUUAAUCCGUCAUCCUCUCCUGAGCGGGAAAAGACCGUCAAUCUGCGGACCCCGUCUCAACAUUUGGGCAUCCUUAAGCAAGGAGGAGACCUUCUUGUCCAUGCGGUGAAAGUCAGAAGGUUCCCGGAAGAGCUGCCACUGCAGAAGGCCGGAUGCCACGGGAGGGGGGGACAUGUGGCAGCCCCCGGCCGGCAGGAACCCUGUCCACUUAUCCCCCAUCCUGCUUCUUGGCCAUGAAGGACUUCACCGAGGUCAUCUUUCGCCCAGAGGCACAGAAUCAAAGCCAGGAGACUGCCAUGUUGUCUUUGCCACCGAACUUGCUGAUGGAAUUCUCCAACCCCGUGUUCGAGGAGGAUGGCGAGGUGCCAGCCCUGAAUCAGCUGGAGAAUGAGAACAGGAGCGGGGCAAAACUCUCUGCCAAUGGAUUUGCCCAGCAAGUGCAAGGAGCAGCCAGCCCGAAAUUCAAGCCGGACUGCAAAUUUUCCUGGCUCUGUGUGGCGGUUCUCAGUGUUUUGCUGCUCAUCCUCCUGGCCUUGCUUGUAGGCAUCCUAGUCAUCUACCAGCUAAAAUCACCCCCUCCGAUUAAGCCCUCUCGUGGGACUCCCACUGGGCACACCGCCACCAAUGCCACCGUCCCUUCCAUCAGGAGGACUUCCUGGAGCCCCAUCUCCACCGCUUCCCCACCCCAACGAGAGCUGCAGGGAGCCACAAAGCCAGGGCCCUUGUGUGGGGGGAAACUUGGGGGCCCCGAGGGCUCCUUCAGCUCCCCCAACUACCCAGAUCCCUACCCACCCAACGUCCUCUGCCAAUGGCACAUCCACGUGAAGGCGGGGAUGGUGAUUCAGCUGAAAGUAGAAGCCCUGGAUGUGGAGGCCUCUGACCUGUGUUUCUAUGACCGGCUGGAGAUCUACGAGGAGCCAGAUAGUACCUCCCUUUGGGAUGGGAGUACCAGGUACUGUGGCCCUGUAGCCCCAGCAACUAUCAACACCAAUUCUAACCAGAUGCAGGUUGUUUUUGUCUCCGAUGAUAAUAUCGCUUCCUCGGGGUUCACUGCCAGGUACCGGGCCAUCCUACCCAGUGAAAAGAACUGCUCCUGGGAUGAAUUCUUCUGUGACCAGGGACUUUGUCUCCUGCCAGCCUUUGUGUGUGAUGGCCACCAGGAGUGCCAGGACAAGAAGGACGAAGCCAACUGUAGCACCAAGCACACAGGUUGUGGUGGCACCUUGACCAGCUUGGAGGGACAAUUCUUCUCCCCAAACUACCCCAAACCAUACCCACAUCUACAGAUUUGUCUCUGGCACAUCUCCGUGCCAGCGGGCCAUGUGAUCCAACUGCAUUUCUACAACUUCAGCCUUGAGUCGCAAGAGGACUGCAAUUUCGACUUUGUGGAAGUGUACGACAGCGCGGCCAUGGGGGCAAGCAGCAUCAUGGGUCGGUUCUGCAACUCCAACCCGCCCCCUGCUUUGACGUCAUCCCGACAUGUCAUGACGGUGCUGUUUGUGGCCGAUGAGGAGAUUGUGGAUGAUGGGUUCUUUGCUGUCUAUCGGGCCCACAAUAUGACUGAAAAAACGUGUGGGCCUUUAGAGUUUGUCUGCAGAAAUGGCGAGUGCGUGGCCCAGGAGCUGGUGUGUGACAGCUGGAGGAACUGUCCAGAUGGAAGCGAUGAAUUCAACUGCACCAGCAUCUCUUCCACGUCGGUGGCCUCCUGUGAACCGAUAAAAGUGGAAAUGUGCCAAGGUCUCAGCUACAAUUCCACCUCCUUCCCCAACAUAUGGCUGAUGAUCCCACAUCAGCAGGGUGCCGAGGAGCUGCUUCAAGACUACAUGACGCUGCAGGACCUCACUUGCUACCCUGACCUGCGUUUGCUGGUCUGCAGCCUCUUCGUCCCCAAGUGCCUCCCAGAAGGGGGCAUCUUGCAGCCAUGUCGCUCCGUGUGUUUGGGGGCGGAGGAGCGCUGCCGACAGCCCCUGACCCGCUUGGACAUCGCGUGGCCCUUGAACUGCAACAUCCUGCCCGACUCCACCAACCCUCUGGAGUGCUUCGUGCCUUGAGGGGGCGCCCCCCCAGUGCCCGGCCAGAAGGAGGCCUGUUGGAGGCAGCUGGGGGCCGAGGAGACGCCCCAGUCCAGAAGACUCUCUGAUCUGUUCAGCCGGCAGCAAAACAGA